GCGAAGAGCGGCAGGCGGUCGGUCUCCCGCAGCCCGGGAGGGUGAGCGUGGGUUCGGGAAGCAGGGGGGACGCCGGCUCCCGGGCCGCGCGAGGAGGACGCGGACCCCGACGCGGUGCCCGGCGGCCGCACACGCGCCCCCCUCGCUCCCCCGGCCCGAGGGCGGGGCCCCUCGCCGGGCCGCCCCUCCCCGCCCCUCCCUCCCGGCCGCCGGCCUCCCGGGCCCAGCCGGCCCUCCCGCGGGCGGCGCGGCACUCGGGCACCGGCGCGCGGAGCCACAGCCGCCAGCCCGCCAGCCGGGGCCAUGGGCUGCGACGGCCGCGUGUCCGGGCUGCUCCGCCGCAACCUGCAGCCCACGCUCACCUACUGGAGCGUCUUCUUCAGCUUCGGCCUGUGCAUCGCCUUCCUGGGGCCCACGCUGCUGGACCUGCGCUGCCAGACGCACAGCUCGCUGCCCCAGAUCUCCUGGGUCUUCUUCUCGCAGCAGCUCUGCCUCCUGCUGGGCAGCGCCCUCGGGGGCGUCUUCAAGAGGACCCUGGCCCAGUCGUUAUGGGCCCUCUUCACGUCCACGCUGGCCAUCUCGCUGGUGUUUGCCAUCAUCCCCUUAUGCCGAGACGUGCAGGUGCUGGCCUCAGUCAUGGCGCUGGCGGGCCUGGCCAUGGGCUGCAUCGACACCGUGGCCAACAUGCAGCUGGUGAGGAUCUACCAGAAGGACUCGGCCGUCUUCCUCCAGGUUCUCCAUUUCUUUGUGGGCUUCGGUGCUCUGCUGAGCCCCCUGAUUGCCGACCCCUUCCUGUCUGAGGCCAACUGCUUGCCUGCCAAUGGCACAGCCAACAGCACCUCUGGCAGUCACCUGUUCCACGCGUCCAGGGUCCUGGGCCAGCACCAUGCUGAGGUGUGGCGUUUGUCCAACCAGUCACUCUCCAAGCUGCCUCCGCAGGACAGAGCCGGGACCCGUGUGUCAUACGCCUUCUGGAUCAUGGCCCUGAUCAAUCUCCCGGUGCCCCUGGCCGUGCUGUUUCUGCUGUCCAAAGAGCGGCUGCUGGCCUGCUGCCCCCAGAGGACACCCCUGCUCCUGUCUGCCGAUGAGCUGGCGCUGGAGACGCAGCCUCCCGAGAAGGAAGAUGCCUCCUCCCUGUCCUCAAAGUUUCAGCCACACCCAGGCCACAAGGACCUGUUCAGCUGCUACCAGAGGAAGAAUUUCAAAGGAGCCCCUUGUUCCUUCUUCGCCAUCCACAUCACAGCGGCCCUGGUCCUGUUCAUGACCGACGGGCUGACGGGCGAGUAUUCAGCCUUUGUAUACAGCUAUGCAGUGGAGAAGCCGCUCUCUGUGGGGCACAAGGUGGCUGGUUACCUCCCCAGCCUCUUCUGGGGCUUCAUCACCCUGGGUCGGCUCAUCUCCAUUCCCAUCUCUUCCAAACUGAAGCCAGUCACCAUGGUUUUCAUCAAUGUGGUCGGCGUGGUGAUGACGUUCCUGGUGCUUCUCGUGUUCUCCUACAACGUCGCCUUCCUGUUCGUGGGGACAGCCAGCCUGGGCCUGUUCCUCAGCAGCACGUUUCCCAGCAUGCUGGCCUACACGGAGGACAUUCUGCAGUACAAAGGCUGUGCGACCACAGUGCUGGUGACGGGGGCCGGAAUUGGCGAGAUGGUUCUCCAGAUGCUAGUUGGCUCGAUAUUCCAAGCUCAGGGCAGCCAUAGUUUCCUGGUCUGCGGCGUGAUCUUUGGUUGCCUGGCUUUCACCUUCUAUAUCUUGCUCCUGUUUUUCCACAGGAUGCAUCCUGAACUCUCAUCAGCUCCUACCCAGGACAAAGCCCUAGGGAUGGAAAGCUCAGAGUGCUACCAGAGGUAAAGCUGGGUGAAGGGGCCCGGCGGAGACCGCUAGGCCCUUGGGUGCCAGCACAGACCAAAGUGUUCCAGACAGCGGGGGAAGGCCGUGGGGGCAUCUCCCCAUGCCUUGGCUCAGAUCUUCUCCACUAAUCCUUGGUUGGGUAGAAGAGAUUAAAUUGACUUCUGGUACCUGGA